AUGCAGUUCUUGAGAUCUAAUCGUGUUGUCCCAGCUUGUAUGGGCGCUCAAGUAAUGUCAAUGAGACGAUCGGGCAUACGAACUUGCCACAUAUUGAAUCACCUUGUUGCAGAAAGAGGAGGACAUGAGUAUGUUCCAUUCCUGAAAAAGGGCCUAUACAAUUGGAUUAGACGACAAAGAGAGUUAGAAGAGGAGGAUGAAAUAUAUGCUGAGGGUGCCCUGGGAUACUUGGAAUGUCUUGGGUUACGUGACCCCAAUUUUUUUGAAACACACAUGAUAGACGCGGAGUAUAGGCUUGCUGACUUGUUCUGGGCCAAUGGAAUAUUGAGAGAUGACUAUGGACGUUUUGGGGAGAUCAUCGCAUUUGACACAACGUACAAGAAGAAUGCGUACAACAAACCCCUUCUCCUUUUUGUCGGCGUGAAUCACCACUUCAGAACUAUUGUAUUUGUAGUUGCAUUGCUGUACGAUGAGAAGGAGGACACAUACAUUUGGUUGUUGGAAGAAUUCCUUCAGUGUAUGAACAAUAAAUUCCCUCAGGUUGUUGUCACUGAUGGAGAUAAAGCUAUGGAAAAAGCAAUAGAGAAAGUCAUGCCUCAUGCUGUCCAUCAGGAAGAGUUUGACGAGACUUGUAGUGGCUUGGUUUCAGAAUUUCAGCUACAAGAUAGUCAAUGGGUAGCCAUAACAUACACAAAUAGAAUGAGUUGGGCAGAAUGCUUCCUACGGGGUAAUUUCUUUACGGGCCUCGGAACCACCGAAAGGUCGGAGUCGAUGAAUUCUUACUUGGCACACUUCUUGACAAGCAAACUUAAAAUUAAAGACCUUGUUGGCCAAGUUGAUAAAGCCAUACAGAGCAUACGCCACACGGAACGUUAA